CCGGCUACAAUUGCCACUCCUACAUGAUCGUCUCGUACCCAGCUGCUGCCCCAAUCCUCCUCGCUGGGCUGGCUGCCGAGCGAGGAAGAAGGGUAGGCGAGCAAAGAAUUAGAUUUUGGAAAGAGAAACAAACCAGAGGCGCGGCUAUUUUUGGAGCAAUAAUAAAAAUAGAGAUUAAAUAUUAGUAGCUUCCUCGACGGAAGAAGAAGAAGAAGAAACCUCUUUGUUUUCGCUCCACCCAAUUCAAUUCCGGCAGCCAGAGAUCUCUCAUCCCAGGUACGCCUUUCGAUCUGUCAUCCUCCGGCUUCGAUUCUUCGCCGCUGGGCCCGGCUGACGAUGUGGCGGUCGCUCUAGGUUUCUGUGAGGAUUCGGAGCUCGGAGGGGUUGUGGGGUUGGUGGAGGGAAGGGAAAGGAAAUUGAGAUUUGAGGAGAUUUGGGAGGGGGCGAAGGUACACAGAGAGAGAGAGAGAAAGAGAGAGCCUCGGGGAUGGCGUCGGAAGGUCCUUCGGCGCCCGCCGUUCGUCGGGAUCCCUACGAGGUGUUGUGCGUUUCGAGAGAUUCGUCGGAUCAGGAAAUCAAGUCCGCCUACAGGAAGCUUGCUCUCAAAUAUCAUCCAGACAAGAAUGUGAGCAACCCUGAAGCUUCAGAACUUUUCAAAGAAGUUGCAUAUUCCUAUAGCAUCUUAUCAGAUCCAGAGAAAAGAAGGCAAUAUGAUACUGCUGGCUUCGAGGAGGAUAGUGAGAAGACUGGCAAGGUAACAUCUGCUGGAAUGUUCUUUUUACAUUUUCAAGUUUACCGUAUGGACUCAACAGUGAACGCGUUAGCAAUGGCCAAAGAUCCUGAGGCUGCUUUUUUCAAAAGAUUGGAAGGCCUGCAACCUUGUGAAGUGUCUGAAUUGAAACCUGGCACUCACAUAUUUGCAGUUUAUGGUGAUAAUUUUUUUAAACCAGCCACCUAUACCAUUGAGGCUAUGUGCGCAAAAACUUAUGAAGAUACAACCCAGAAACUCAAGGAGAUUGAGGCUAAAAUUUUAUCUAAGAGAAAUGACCUGCGCCAGUUUGAAACGGAAUAUAGAAAAGCUUUGGCACGCUUUCAGGAAGUGACAAACAGAUAUAGCCAAGAAAAGCAAUCUGUUGAUGAAUUGCUGAAACAAAGGGACAGUAUCCACUCCUCAUUUACCACUGUACGAACAGUGGUCAAUGUCAGUGGAAAUGCUAGUGGCAGCAGCAAACAUUGCAAUGAAGAGACCAGGUCUGAAAGCCCAGUAGAGGAUGGAAGUGUUGAUGGGAAAGAUAAAUCUAACAAAAAGAAAUGGUUUAAUCUCAAUCUUAACCGCUCCGAUAAGAAGGCUUGAACAUUUGUUCUCCAAGAUGACAUGGAGGAGAUUAAGGUGGUCGUACAGUAGGAAGAUGAUGUCACCUUUUCAUUAUCUGCUCAUAUAUGUAUCAUUGCCCUGCCAAAGUCUCAAAGCUUUUCUGUGUCACUUCUCAAUUAUUUUCUCUGGGCUCUGCUAGUAUCAUAAGUUUUGCUGUCAUAUAUUGUUUGCUGGCCAGUGUUUUUGUUUGUUAUCAUUGAAUUCAGCUUCCAAUUAAAUUAUUUCGCUGAAUGCAUAUUUAGCAAGUUAAUGAGAGGGUUUGUUCAUUUGGUUUUGUGAAAAACCUUGAAAAAUACAAAUCAGAGGUUGUGACACAUUGAGAGAGGAGUGAGGGUGGUUGUGGGGCCUAAUUUACGAACCAGUCAGGGUUGGUGGGGUUGAGUGGUGAUAUGCUUGUAUUGGAUUGUAGUCUCGUGGCUCUUUGACAGACAAGAAUCCUGAAAUUUUCGAAUUAUAUCUGUAUUGUUCAUUAA